AUGAGUAGUCGCGGUGGGAAACUUGCCCCCGAAGUCAAUCGAGCUCUGUUCGUCAAGAACCUGAGCUACAACGUAACGCCGGAAGAGCUAUUUGAUCUCUUUGGAAAAUUUGGACCCAUCCGCCAGGUUCGACAGGGCAUUGCCAGUGCGACCAAGGGAACAGCUUUUGUGGUCUAUGAGGAUGUUAUCGAUGCCAAGCAAGCCUGCGACAAGCUCAACGGCUUCAACUUUCAGAACCGCUAUCUAGUUGUACUAUAUCACCAGCCAGACAAGAUGGCCAAGUCAAAAGAGGACCUGGAGGCCCGCCGCGAAUCUUUAGCAAGGCUCAAGAAGCAGCAUGGCCGGUCUACCCCGUCUCCCAAGACAAGCCCCAGAACCACUUCGUCGGAUCCUAAAACUAUCCUGCGAAACGCGUCUCCGGCGACCAAGCCAACUCAACCCGAGUCCAUCAGCCCACGCGCCGUUCGCUUCGUUGAGAACAUGCGCCGCCCCAUCGCGGCAAACGCGUAA